GGCGUUGCUAUAGGUCAUGAGAACUGAGGAGAGGUUCUGGGCCGCUCUGGGAGUAGGCUCUUAGGGGAACUGCCUCAGAGUCCCCGGGUGGACAUAAGCCUCCCUAACACCAAUGAGCUCCCCCUCCCACACCCCAGUUCCAUCCCCAACCCAGUCCCCAUCCCAAUCCCGAUCUAACCACGCUGAUAAUACAAUCAACCAGCAGCCCCCCCCUAGCUCUGGAGGCUCAGCCCCUUCCCCUUCCCCCACCCGGGGGACUUCUUCCCUCCCAACCUCUCAUAACCCCACCCCAGCUACCUCUCAGCCUUCCUCCCGGGCUUCCUCCCAGUCCCCUAGUCCUCAUAUCCAACAUGGGUCACGAGGGUCCACUCAAGUCCCUACCCCUCCAGCCUCCAAAUCUCCCUCCCAGACAGGAUUAAAAGUCCUCUCUCGAAACCCUUCCCUGACACCCUCGGUGCCCAUGACCAGGUCCCCUUCCCACAGCCCUGCCAACUCGGCCUCCUACAUCGGGCCCACCCGCAACAUCCCUUCCUACAUUGCCCCCUAUGUGCCUCGUUUCAUGAAAGAGCCCCCCUAUUUCCAGCCCCCCACAGUACCUCUUCCGCAAAAUCGGUGCUUUCCCUGUCCCUUUCCAUGCCAGAACCAGGAAUCCAGGCAGCCACCGCCACCACCACCUCCUGACUCAUUCUACUUCCCUCUCCUCCCCCCACCCCCUCACCUCCCCCAGGUGAACUGCUCCUACCCCACCCCUCCAGCCCUGUUCACACCCCCAUCCUCCCUCUCCUACACUCCACCGACGGAUGUCCUGCUGAAGGGGAAGCCACACGUGGUACCCUCGGUGCUACCAGCUACCUUCUAUACCCCCUUCUCCCGCUUCUACUCCCAGCCCAGGCCCUACCGCUACCACCGGCGGCUAACACUCCCCUCGCUCUCCCUUCAAUACGAUGGUUCUGGACGCUCUGUCCACUUCUAUCGUGGGUCCUAGGCCUCACACCUAUUUUGGACCAGAAACCUCUGCCAGUAAAUUCAAGCUCCUGCAUCCAGACUUCAUCCGCUACCUGACAGAGAGGUUUUUGAAAUCCAAGUUGCUGAACACACAUUUCGCAGAC